AUGACGGGGCGCUCGGCCUGCAUAACCCCCGCAUUUCGGCGUGUCCAGACUUUCCCCCUUUCUACCAGAUCUCAACCCCAGAAACGAAAGGGCACAAGACACCAGACGGCGUCAGUGCAGCCAGUGGCACCACCCUCCGCCCAUUGGUCACCCGUUGUCGUCCUACCCGCCGUCGACGACGACGACGACGACGAAGACGACGUUUCCAUAGUGGUGGCUGUCAUCACGCACGCAAAGGCGCGUCUCAAAGAGACACUCACAUCUGACCUGCUCGAGAAACUCCGCCGCUUCUGGUUCAAGCACCUCAAUACCGAUGAGUCCUAUAUCCUACCCCAGAGGAGCCAGAUGGGGCGAUGGUUCUACUCCGACGUUGAUUUCGAUGAGGCGUGCGUAAAAAGGUUCCGCCCCGUCACGGAGGCAAUGAAGUCAGCCAAGAUCACAGCCAGAGACAUUCUCACAAUUGUGAGGCCAUUCACACCCCUGCAGUGGCUCAGCCUAGUCCUCCUCCUGGACCAAGUCCCGCGAAACAUCUACCGGGGCCCAGAGUCGUCGACAGUCUUCAAGUUCUUCGACCCCGUCGCGCGUGAAAUCGCACAGCACGCCAUCAACGCCGGCGCAGCGACCCACAACAGGAUCAAGUACCGCGUGGCCUACCGCAUGUGGUUCUACCUGCCCUUUAUGCACUCCGAGGACCUGGCACUGCACGACUUGGCCGUGGCGCAGUACCAGCAAAUGAAGGCCGACUUUGAGAAGCUGAUGGCGGAUGACGGGACCGCGGGGAGCGACGAUCAGCGCAAGUGCUGGGGUGUGUUGGCGGUGCAGAAGGAGGCGGCGAGGGACCUGCUGGAGACGAAUUGCGACUUUGAGACAAAGCAUCGGGACAUAAUUGUGCAAUUUGGACGGUACCCGCACAGGAAUAUGGCUAUGGGUAGAGAGUCCACCGCGCAGGAGAAGAAGUAUCUCGAGACAGGUGGCGAGACUUUCGACGGUGCGAGGUAG